ACCCAUGAGAUCGAGGCUGCAGUGAGCUGUGAUCAUGCCAGUGCACUCCAGCCUGGGUGAUAGAGUGAGACCCUGUCUCAAAAAGGAAACCAAUCACCCAUAAAUGAGUAAUUAAGACUUGGUUAUUGUAGACACUUAAUACUUAGAGAGCUAAGCUAGAUUUACCAAGAAGUUAUGUUAAUUUAAUAUUUCAGUAUCACAAAACUGAUGCAUACUCAUUUAUAAUUUUGACGUGCAGUGGUUCUGUUUUGUUUUAUUAAAUUUGAACUUAAAGUUCUCUGUGAGAAGAGAUUUGUAUAAUAAAUUCCCUGAGCCUCUCAAAUUAAUGUUUUAGCAAUAGACUCAUACUUAGAGCAGUAUUUCUGAUGUAAUGAUACACACAAGGCCCAGUGUUAUUCAUAGUUUCACCCUUUCUCUUAAUUCUUCAUUAAAGCAUGUUUGAAUCCAGGUAGGAGGCAUUACAGGGGAUAACCUUGAAUUUAUUUUUGAAGGGUAAAUCAUUUUCAAGUAGCAUUAACUGUUAGUGUAGAGAACAGCAUAUCCUACAACUGCUCUGUGACAAUGACACUAUUUUUGCUACUUUAGAGAAUAAGUACAUUCCUACUUCAUUGACUUUAGUGCAAAUCUCAUUUCCUGGUUUAUAUCCAUUACAAAUUAGAUAUGACCCUGAGAGCAAAAUCCCUUAAUAAACCUAGGUAAGAGCAAUUUGAAGUAAUAUGAUGCUUACUCCAGUGACACCACUAGGUGUGGUGUUUGCAUCAAGUCAUUUUGGGAUACUUUAUGGAAAUGCUUCCUAGUAAGGAGUUCCCUGACUUCACAUUUUACAGAGAUGACUCUCUCUUUUUCUCUCUAAUGCCUACAAGAACUAGACAGCAAGUCUGCAUUUAGUUAGGUGAUACUAUCCCCAGCACAUGGUGGAUUGUUAAUGUGAGGUCUGAGGAUUCCAGUCAUUUGAAACGAAUGGCCUCCUAGAUUUAUGGCAUUUUUCUGUAUAUUGAGAAUAGGUAACUAAAAUAAGUGGUAACUAUAUUUGCAUGUGAUUUGUAUGUUAUAGUUAACAUUUAAAUUCUUUUAAAUGUGCUAAAUUUUUUUUAGUUGCCACAUUAAGCCUCUUUCUUCUCUAAGGUGCAGAGUAGCUUUCCACCUCAAUUUUUGCUUUAAUGUAUGAACCCUAAUGGGACCAUAGUUCAACUAAAAGCACCUAACUCAUGAUUGAUAUUUGCUUCAUGUUUGAACAACAAAUGUUUUAACCCACUGUCUUCACUAAUAUUGUAACUGCUGUCUUACAGAUUGACUUGAUGCAAAACAUCACAAAGACUCCAUAUUAUACAGUAUGCGAUUUUUGAGAACUGAUAGUGCAUCAGCCGACCCAGAUAAUUUAAAAUAUUCUUCAUCCAGAGAUAGAGGUGGUUCUUCCUCUUAUGGACUGCAACCUUCAAAUUCAGCUGUGGUGUCUCGGCAAAGGCAUGAUGAUACCAGAGUUCAUGCUGACAUACAGAAUGACGAAAAGGGUGGCUACAGUGUCAAUGGAGGAUCUGGGGAAAAUACUUAUGGUCGGAAGUCGUUGGGGCAAGAGCUGAGGGUUAACAAUGUGACCAGCCCUGAGUUCACCAGUGUUCAGCAUGGCAGUCGUGCUUUAGCCACCAAAGACAUGAGGAAAUCACAGGAGCGAUCGAUGUCUUACUCUGAUGAGUCUCGACUGUCGAAUCUUCUUCGGAGGAUCACCCGGGAAGACGACAGAGACCGAAGACUGGCUACUGUAAAGCAGUUGAAAGAAUUUAUUCAGCAACCAGAAAAUAAGCUGGUACUAGUUAAACAAUUGGAUAAUAUCUUGGCUGCUAUACAUGAUGUGCUUAAUGAAAGUAGCAAAUUGCUUCAGGAGUUGAGACAGGAGGGAGCUUGCUGUCUUGGCCUUCUUUGUGCUUCUCUGAGCUAUGAGGCUGAGAAGAUCUUCAAGUGGAUUUUUAGCAAAUUUAGCUCAUCUGCAAAAGAUGAAGUUAAACUCCUCUACUUAUGUGCCACCUACAAAGCACUAGAGACUGUAGGAGAAAAGAAAGCCUUUUCAUCUGUAAUGCAGCUUGUAAUGACCAGCCUGCAGUCUAUUCUUGAAAAUGUGGAUACACCAGAAUUGCUUUGCAAAUGUGUUAAGUGCAUUCUUUUGGUGGCUCGAUGUUACCCUCAUAUUUUCAGCACUAAUUUUAGGGAUACAGUUGAUAUAUUAGUUGGAUGGCAUAUAGAUCAUACUCAGAAACCUUCGCUCACACAACAGGUGUCUGGGUGGUUGCAGAGUUUGGAGCCAUUUUGGGUAGCUGAUCUUGCAUUUUCUACCACUCUUCUUGGUCAGUUUCUAGAAGACAUGGAAGCAUAUGCUGAGGACCUCAGCCAUGUAGCCUCUGGGGAAUCAGUGGAUGAAGACGUCCCUCCUCCAUCAGUGUCAUUACCAAAACUGGCUGCACUUCUCCGGGUAUUUAGUACUGUGGUGAGGAGCAUUGGAGAACGCUUCAGCCCAAUUCGGGGUCCUCCAAUUACUGAGGCAUAUGUAACAGAUGUUCUGUACAGAGUAAUGAGAUGUGUGAAGGCUGCAAACCAGGUGUUUUUUUCUGAGGCUGUGUUGACAGCUGCUAAUGAAUGUGUUGGUGUUUUGCUCGGCAGCUUGGAUCCUAGCAUGACUAUACAUUGUGAGAUGGUCAUUACAUAUGGAUUAGACCAACUGGAGAACUGCCAGACUUGUGGUACCGAUUAUAUCAUCUCAGUAUUGAAUUUACUCACACUGAUUGUUGAACAGAUAAAUACAAAACUACCAUCAUCAUUUGUAGAAAAACUGUUUAUACCAUCAUCUAAACUACUAUUUUUGCGUUAUCAUAAAGAAAAAGAGGUUGUUGCUGUAGCCCAUGCUGUUUAUCAAGCAGUGCUCAGCUUGAAGAAUAUUCCUGUUUUGGAAACUGCCUAUAAGUUAAUAUUGGGAGAAAUGACUUGUGCCCUAAAUAACCUCCUACAUAGUCUGCAACUUCCUGAGGCCUGUUCUGAAAUAAAACACGAGGCUUUUAAGAAUCAUGUGUUCAAUGUAGACAAUGCAAAAUUUGUGGUUAUAUUUGAUCUCAGUGCCCUGACUACAAUUGGAAAUGCCAAAAACUCACUAAUAGGGAUGUGGGCGCUAUCUCCAACUGUCUUUGCACUUCUGAGUAAGAAUCUGAUGAUUGUGCACAGUGACCUGGCUGUUCACUUCCCUGCCAUUCAGUAUGCUGUGCUCUACACAUUGUAUUCUCAUUGUACCAGGCAUGAUCACUUUAUCUCUAGUAGCCUCAGUUCUUCUUCUCCUUCUUUGUUUGAUGGAGCUGUGAUUAGCACUGUAACUACAGCUACAAAGAAACAUUUCUCAAUUAUAUUAAAUCUUGUGGGAAUAUUACUUAAGAAAGAUAACCUUAAUCAGGACACGAGGAAACUGUUAAUGACGUGGGCUUUGGAAGUAGCUGUUUUAAUGAAGAAGUCCGAAACAUAUGCACCUUUAUUCUCUCUUCCGUCUUUCCAUAAAUUUUGCAAAGGCCUUUUAGCCAACACUCUCGUUGAAGAUGUGAAUAUCUGCCUGCAGGCGUGCAGCAGUCUACAUGCUCUGUCCUCUUCUUUGCCAGAUGAUCUUUUACAGAGAUGUGUUGAUGUUUGCCGUGUUCAACUAGUACACAGUGGAACUCGUAUUCGACAAGCAUUUGGAAAACUGUUGAAGUCAAUUCCUUUAGAUGUUGUCCUAAGCAAUAACAAUCACACAGAAAUUCAAGAAAUUUCUUUAGCAUUAAGAAGUCACAUGAGUAAAACACCAAGUAACACAUUCCACCCCCAAGAUUUCUCUGAUGUUAUUAGUUUUAUUUUGUAUGGGAACUCUCAUAGAACAGGAAAGGACAAUUGGUUGGAAAGACUGUUCUAUAGCUGCCAGAGACUAGAUAAGCGUGACCAGUCAACAAUUCCACGCAAUCUCCUCAAGACAGAUGCUGUCCUUUGGCAGUGGGCCAUAUGGGAAGCUGCACAAUUCACUGUUCUUUCUAAGCUGAGAACCCCACUGGGUAGAGCUCAAGACACCUUCCAGACAAUUGAAGGUAUCAUUCGAAGUCUCGCAGCUCACACAUUAAACCCUGAUCAAGAUGUUAGUCAGUGGACAACUGCAGACAAUGAUGAAGGGCAUGGUAACAACCAACUUAGACUUAUUCUUCUUCUGCAGUAUCUGGAAAAUCUGGAGAAAUUAAUGUAUAAUGCAUACGAGGGAUGUGCUAAUGCAUUAACAUCACCUCCCAAGGUCAUUAGAACAUUUUUCUAUACCAAUCGCCAAACUUGUCAGGACUGGCUAACGCGGAUUCGACUCUCCAUCAUGAGAGUAGGCUUAUUGGCAGGCCAGCCUGCUGUGACAGUAAGACACGGCUUUGACUUGCUUACAGAGAUGAAAGCAACCAGCCUAUCUCAGGGGAAUGAAUUGGAAGUAACCAUUAUGAUGGUGGUAGAAGCACUGUGUGAACUUCAUUGUCCUGAAGCUAUACAGGGAAUUGCUGUCUGGUCAUCAUCUAUUGUUGGAAAAAAUCUUCUGUGGAUUAACUCAGUAGCUCAACAGGCUGAAGGGAGGUUUGAAAAGGCCUCUGUGGAGUACCAGGAACACCUGUGUGCCAUGACAGGUGUUGAUUGCUGCAUCUCCAGCUUUGACAAAUCUGUGCUCACCUUAGCCAAUGCUGGGCGUAACAGUGCCAGCCCGAAACAUUCUCUGAACGGUGAAUCCAGGAAAACUGUGCUGUCCAAACCGACCGAAUCUUCCCCUGAGGUUAUAAAUUAUUUAGGAAAUAAAGCAUGUGAGUGCUACAUCUCAAUUGCUGAUUGGGCUGCUGUGCAGGAAUGGCAGAAUGCUAUCCAUGACUUGAAAAAGAGUACCAGUAGCACUUCCCUCAACCUGAAAGCUGACUUCAACUAUAUAAAGUCAUUAAGCAGUUUUGAGUCUGGAGAAUUUGUUGAAUGUACCGAGCAGUUAGAAUUGUUACCAGGAGAAAAUAUCAAUCUACUUGCUGGAGGAUCAAAAGAAAAAAUAGAUAUGAAAAAACUGCUUCCUAAUAUGUUAAGUCCAGAUCCAAGGGAACUUCAGAAAUCCAUUGAAGUUCAAUUGUUGAGAAGUUCUGUUUGUUUGGCAACUGCUUUAAACCCUAUAGAACAAGAUCAGAAGUGGCAGUCUAUAACAGAAAAUGUGGUAAAGUACUUGAAGCAAACAUCCCGCAUCGCUAUUGGACCUCUGAGACUUUCUACUUUAACAGUUUCACAGUCUUUGCCAGUUCUAAGUACCUUGCAGCUGUAUUGCUCAUCUGCUUUGGAGAACACAGUUUCUAACAAACUUUCAACAGAGGACUGUCUUAUUCCGCUCUUCAGUGAAGCUUUACGUUCAUGUAAACAGCAUGAUGUGAGGCCAUGGAUGCAGGCAUUAAGGUAUACUAUGUACCAGAAUCAGUUGUUGGAGAAAAUUAAAGAACAAACAGUCCCAAUUAGAAGCCAUCUCAUGGAAUUAGGUCUAACAGCAGCAAAAUUUGCUAGAAAACGAGGGAAUGUGUCCCUUGCAACAAGACUGCUGGCACAGUGCAGUGAAGUUCAGCUGGGAAAGACUACCACUGCACAGGAUUUAGUCCAACAUUUUAAAAAACUAUCAACUCAAGGUCAGGUGGAUGAAAAAUGGGGGCCUGAACUUGACAUUGAAAAAACCAAAUUGCUAUAUACAGCAGGUCAGUCAACACAUGCAAUGGAAAUGUUGAGUUCUUGUGCCAUAUCUUUCUGUAAGUCUGCAAAAGCUGAAUAUGCAGUUGCUAAGUCAAUUCUGACACUGGCUAAAUGGAUCCAGGCAGAAUGGAAAGAAAUUUCAGGACAGCUGAAACAGGUUUACAGAGCUCAGCAUCAACAGAACUUCACAGGUCUCUCUACUUUGUCUAAAAACCUACUCACUUUAAUAGAACUGCCAUCUGUUAAUGCAAUGGAAGAAGAGUAUCCUCGGAUUGAGAGCGAAUCUACAGUGCAUAUUGGAGUUGGAGAACCUGACUUCAUUUUGGGACAGUUGUAUCACCUGUCUUCAGUACAGGCACCUGAAGUAGCCAAAUCUUGGGCAGCAUUGGCCAGCUGGGCUUAUAGGUGGGGCAGAAAGGUGGUUGACAAUGCCAGUCAGGGGGAAGGUGUUCGCCUGCUGCCUAGAGAAAAAUCUGAAGUUCAAAAUCUGCUUCCAGACACUAUAACUGAGGAGGAGAAAGAGAGAAUAUAUGGUAUUCUUGGACAGGCUGUAUGUCGGCCGGCGGGGAUUCAGGAUGAAGAUAUAACGCUUCAGAUAACUGAGAGUGAAGAUAAUGAAGAAGAUGACAUGGUUGAUGUUAUCUGGCGUCAGUUAAUAUCAAGCUGCCCAUGGCUUUCAGAACUUGAUGAAAGUGCAACUGAAGGAGUUAUUAAAGUGUGGAGGAAAGUUGUAGAUAGAAUAUUCAGCCUCUACAAACUCUCUUGCAGUGCAUACUUUACUUUCCUUAAACUCAACGCUGGUCAAAUUCCUUUAGAUGAGGAUGACCCUAGGCUGCAUUUAAGUCACAGAGCAGAACAGAGCACUGAUGACGUGAUUGUGAUGGCCACAUUGCGCCUGCUGCGGUUGCUCGUGAAGCACGCUGGCGAGCUUCGGCAGUAUCUGGAGCACGGCUUGGAAACGACACCCACUGCGCCUUGGAGAGGAAUUAUUCCACAACUUUUCUCACGCUUAAACCACCCUGAAGUGUACGUGCGCCAAAGCAUUUGUAACCUUCUCUGUCGCGUGGCUCAAGAUUCCCCACAUCUCAUAUUGUAUCCUGCAAUAGUGGGUACCAUAUCGCUUAGUAGUGAAUCCCAGGCUUCAGGAAAUAAAUUUUCCUCUGCAAUUCCAACUUUACUUGGCAAUAUUCAAGGAGAAGAAUUGCUGGUUUCCGAAUGUGAGGGAGGAAGUCCUCCUGCAUCUCAGGAUAGCAUUAAGGAUGAACCUAAAAGUGGAUUAAAUGAAGACCAAGCCAUGAUGCAGGAUUGCUACAGCAAAAUUGUAGAUAAGCUGUCCUCUGCAAACCCAACCAUGGUGUUACAGGUUCAGAUGCUCGUGGCUGAACUGCGCAGGGUCACUGUGCUCUGGGAUGAGCUCUGGCUAGGAGUUUUGCUGCAGCAACACAUGUACGUCCUGAGACGAAUUCAGCAGCUCGAAGAUGAGGUGAAGAGAGUCCAGAACAACAACACCUUACGCAAAGAAGAGAAAAUUGCAAUCAUGCGGGAGAAGCACACAGCUUUGAUGAAGCCCAUUGUAUUUGCUUUGGAGCACGUAAGGAGUAUCACAGUGGCUACUGCAGAAACACCUCAUGAAAAAUGGUUUCAGGAUAACUAUGGUGAUGCCAUUGAAAAUGCCCUGGAAAAAUUGAAGACCCCAUCCAACCCUGCAAAGCCUGGGAGCAGCUGGAUUCCAUUUAAAGAGAUAAUGCUAAGUUUGCAACAGAGAGCACAGAAACGUGCAAGUUACAUCUUGCGUCUUGAAGAAAUCAGUCCGUGGUUGGCUGCCAUGACUAACACUGAAAUUGCUCUUCCUGGGGAAGUCUCAGCCAGAGAUACUGUCACAAUCCAUAGUGUGGGUGGAACCAUCACAAUCUUACCGACUAAAACCAAGCCAAAGAAACUUCUCUUUCUUGGAUCAGAUGGGAAGAGCUAUCCUUAUCUUUUCAAAGGACUGGAGGAUUUACAUCUGGAUGAGAGAAUAAUGCAGUUCCUAUCUAUUGUGAAUACCAUGUUUGCUACAAUUAAUCGCCAAGAAACACCCCGGUUCCAUGCUCGACAUUAUUCUGUAACACCGUUAGGAACAAGAUCAGGACUAAUCCAGUGGGUGGAUGGAGCCACACCCUUAUUUGGUCUUUACAAACGAUGGCAACAACGGGAAGCUGCUUUACAAGCACAAAAGGCCCAAGAUUCCUACCAGACUCCCCAGAAUCCUGGAAUUGUACCCCGUCCCAGUGAACUUUAUUAUAGUAAAAUUGGCCCUGCUUUGAAAACAGUUGGGCUUAGCCUGGAUGUGUCCCGUCGGGAUUGGCCUCUUCAUGUAACGAAGGCAGUAUUAGAAGAGUUAAUGGAGGCCACACCCCCAAAUCUCCUUGCCAAAGAGCUCUGGUCAUCUUGCACAACACCCGAUGAGUGGUGGAGAGUUACGCAGUCUUAUGCAAGAUCUACUGCAGUCAUGUCUAUGGUUGGAUACAUAAUUGGCCUUGGAGAUAGACAUCUGGAUAACGUUCUCAUAGACAUGACAACCGGAGAAGUUGUUCACAUAGAUUACAAUGUUUGCUUUGAAAAAGGUAAAAUAAAAGUGUACUUUACAUUUGUGAGGGUCAAAUGUUUUUUGGUGAAAGGGCAAAAAUACAAUGAUUUGUCUUUUCAAGGUAAAAGCCUUAGAGUUCCUGAGAAAGUACCUUUUCGAAUGACACAAAACAUUGAAACAGCACUGGGUGUAACUGGAGUAGAAGGUGUAUUUAGGCUUUCAUGUGAGCAGGUUUUACACAUUAUGCGGCGUGGCAGAGAGACCCUGCUGACACUGCUAGAGGCCUUUGUGUACGACCCCCUGGUGGACUGGACUGCAGGAGGCGAGGCUGGGUUUGCUGGUGCCGUUUAUGGUGGAGGUGGCCAGCAGGCCGAGAGCAAGCAGAGCAAGAGAGAGAUGGAGCGAGAGAUCACCCGAAGCCUGUUUUCUUCUAGAGUAGCUGAGAUUAAGGUGAACUGGUUUAAGAAUAGAGAUGAGAUGCUGGUUGUGCUUCCCAAGCUGGACAGUAGCUUAGAUGAAUAUUUAAGCUUGCAAGAGCAACUGACAGAUGUGGAAAAACUGCAGGGCAAACUACUGGAGGAAAUAGAGUUUCUAGAAGGAGCUGAAGGGGUGGAUCAUCCUUCUCAUACUCUGCAACACAGGUAUUCUGAACACACCCAGCUGCAGACUCAGCAAAGAGCUGUUCAGGAAGCAAUCCAGGUGAAGCUGAAUGAAUUUGAACAAUGGAUAACACAUUAUCAGGCUGCAUUCAAUAAUUUAGAAGCAACACAGCUUGCAAGCUUGCUUCAAGAGAUAAGCACACAAAUGGACCUUGGUCCUCCAAGUUAUGUGCCAGCAACAGCCUUUCUGCAGAAUGCUGGCCAGGCCCACUUGAUUAGCCAGUGCGAGCAACUGGAGGGGGAGGUUGGUGCUCUCCUGCAGCAGAGGCGGUCAGUGCUCCGUGGCUGUCUGGAACAACUGCAUCACUAUGCAACCGUGGCUCUGCAGUAUCCAAAGGCCAUAUUUCAGAAACAUCGAAUUGAACAGUGGAAAACCUGGAUGGAAGAGCUCAUAUGUAACACCACAGUAGAGCGUUGUCAAGAACUCUAUAGGAAAUAUGAAAUGCAGUAUGCUCCCCAGCCACCCCCAACAGUGUGUCAGUUCAUCACUGCCACUGAAAUGACCCUGCAGCGGUAUGCAGCAGACAUCAACAGCAGGCUUAUUAGACAAGUGGAACGCCUGAAACAAGAAGCCGUCACUGUUCCAGUUUGUGAAGACCAGUUGAAAGAAAUUGAACGUUGCAUUAAAGUUUUCCUUCAUGAGAAUGGAGAAGAAGGAUCUUUGAGUCUAGCAAGUGUCAUUAUUUCUGCCCUUUGUACCCUUACAAGGCGUAACCUAAUGAUGGAAGGUGCAGCGUCAAGUGCUGGAGAACAGCUGGUUGAUCUGACUUCUCGGGAUGGAGCCUGGUUCUUGGAGGAACUCUGCAGUAUGAGUGGAAACGUCACCUGCUUGGUUCAGUUACUGAAACAGUGCCACCUGGUGCCACAGGACUUAGACAUCCCAAACCCCAUGGAAGCGUCUGAGACAGUUCACUUAGCCAAUGGAGUGUACACCUCACUUCAGGAAUUAAACUCAAAUUUCCGGCAAAUCAUAUUUCCAGAAGCACUUCGAUGUUUAAUGAAAGGGGAAUACACAUUAGAAAGUAUGCUGCAUGAACUGGAUGGUCUUAUCGAGCAGACCACUGAUGGCGUUCCCCUGCAGACUCUAGUGGAAUCUCUUCAGGCCUACUUAAGAAAUGCAGCUAUGGGACUGGAAGAAGAAACACAUGCUCAUUACAUCGAUGUUGCCAGACUACUACAUGCUCAGUAUGGUGAAUUAAUUCAACCAAGAAAUGGUUCAGUUGAUGAAACACCCAAAAUGUCAGCCGGCCAGAUGCUUUUGGUAGCAUUUGAUGGCAUGUUUGCUCAAGUUGAAACUGCUUUCGGCUUAUUAGUUGAAAAGUUGAACAAGAUGGAGAUUCCUAUAGCUUGGCGAAAGAUUGACAUCAUAAGGGAAGCCAGGAGUACUCAAGUUAAUUUUUUUGAUGAUGAUAAUCACCGGCAGGUGCUAGAAGAGAUUUUCUUUCUAAAAAGACUACAGACGAUUAAGGAGUUCUUCAGGCUCUGUGGUACCUUUUCUAAAACAUUGUCAGGAUCAAGUUCACUUGAAGAUCAGAAUACUGUGAAUGGGCCUGUACAGAUUGUCAAUGUGAAAACCCUUUUUAGAAACUCUUGUUUCAGUGAAGACCAAAUGGCCAAACCUAUCAAGGCAUUCACAGCUGACUUUGUGAGGCAGCUCUUGAUAGGACUACCCAACCAAGCCCUCGGACUUACACUGUGCAGUUUUAUCAGUGCUCUGGGUGUAGACAUCAUUGCUCAAGUAGAGGCAAAGGACUUUGGUGCCGAAAGCAAAGUUUCUGUCGAUGAUCUUUGUAAGAAAGCGGUGGAACAUAACAUCCAGGUUGGAAAGUUCUCUCAGUUGGUUAUGAAUAGGGCGACUGUGUUAGCAAGUUCUUACGACACUGCCUGGAAGAAGCAUGACUUGGUGCGAAGGCUGGAAACCAGUAUUUCUUCUUGUAAGACAAGCCUGCAGCGGGUUCAGCUGCAUAUUGCCAUGUUUCAGUGGCAACAUGAAGAUCUACUUAUCAAUAGACCACAAGCCAUGUCAGUCACACCUCCUCCACGGUCUGCUAUCCUAACCAGCAUGAAAAAGAAACUGCAUACCCUGAGCCAAAUUGAAACUUCUAUUGCAACAGUUCAGGAGAAGCUCGCAGCACUUGAAGCAAGUAUUGAACAGCGACUCAAGUGGGCAGGUGGUGCCAACCCUGCACUGGCCCCUGUGCUACAAGAUUUUGAAGCAACAAUAGCUGAAAGAAGAAAUCUUGUCCUUAAAGAGAGCCAAAGAGCAAGUCAGGUCACUUUUCUCUGCAGCAAUAUCAUUCAUUUUGAAAGUUUACGAACAAGAACUGCAGAAGCCUUAAACCUGGAUGCGGCAUUAUUUGAACUAAUCAAGAGAUGUCAGCAGAUGUGUUCAUUUGCGUCACAGUUUAACAGUUCAGUGUCUGAGUUAGAGCUUCGUUUAUUACAGAGAGUGGACACUGGUCUUGAACAUCCUAUUGGCAGCUCUGAAUGGCUUUUGUCAGCACACAAGCAAUUGACCCAGGAUAUGUCUACUCAGAGGGCAAUUCAGACAGAGAAAGAGCAGCAGAUAGAAACGGUCUGUGAAACAAUUCAGAAUCUGGUUGAUAAUAUAAAGAUUGUGCUCACUGGUCAUAACCGACAGCUUGGAGAUGUCAAACAUCUCUUGAAGGCUAUGGCUAAGGAUGAAGAAGCUGCUCUGUCAGAUGGUGAAGAUGUUCCCUAUGAGAACAGUGUUAGGCAGUUUUUGGGUGAAUAUAAAUCAUGGCAAGACAACAUUCAAACAGUUCUGUUUACAUUAGUCCAGGCUAUGGGUCAGGUUCGAAGUCAAGAACAUGUUGAAAUGCUCCAGGAAAUCACUCCCACCUUGAAAGAACUGAAAACACAAAGUCAGAGUAUCUAUAAUAAUUUAGUGAGUUUUGCAUCACCCUUAGUCACCGAUGCAACAAAUGAAUGUUCGAGUCCAACGUCAUCUGCUACUUAUCAGCCAUCCUUUGCUGCAGCAGUCCGGAGCAACACUGGCCAGAAGACUCAGCCUGAUGUCAUGUCACAGAAUGCUAGAAAGCUGAUCCAGAAAAAUCUUGCUACAUCAGCUGAUACUCCACCAAGCACUGUUCCAGGAACUGGCAAGAGUGUUGCUUGUAGUCCUAAAAAGGCAGUCAGAGACCCUAAAACUGGGAAAGCGGUGCAAGAGAGAAACUCCUAUGCAGUGAGUGUGUGGAAGAGAGUGAAAGCCAAGUUAGAGGGCCGAGAUGUUGAUCCGAAUAGGAGGAUGUCAGUUGCUGAACAGGUUGACUAUGUCAUUAAGGAAGCAACUAAUCUAGAUAACUUGGCUCAGCUGUAUGAAGGUUGGACAGCCUGGGUGUGAAUGGUGAGAUAGUAGAUGAGUCUGGUUAAGCGAGGUCGGACAUCCACCAGAAUCAACUCAGCCUCAGGCAUCCAAAGCCACACCACAGUCGGUGGUGAUGCAACUGGGGGCUUACUCUGAGGAAACCUAGGAAAUCUCGGUGCACUAGGAAGUGAAUCCUGCAGGACAGCUGCACUCAGGGAUACUCCCAACACCAUGGCCUGCAACCCCAGGGUCAAGGGUGAAGGAAAGCAAGCUCACCGCCUGAACACGGAGAUUGUCUUUCUGCCACAGAACAGCAGCAAACGUGUCAGGAGGUUAGCUGCAGAAAGAAAUCGGGAUGCCACGGAGCACAGAGUGAUUUGGAACUCCAUUCCACCUGACCCUGUGUGUACAAUCCAGGAAAAAACAAAUCCCGUUCAGAAACAGAGAAAACUGGGGCCGCGAAGAAAUCACAGCCAAGGAAGAUUUGAUGCAUUCAGAUUCUCGUGUAACACUUGUUGCCUGGCAACAGUACUGGUUGGGUUGACCAGUAAGUACAAACAGGCUAAAGGCUAUGCGAUACGAAUUUCAGAAAUGGACUGAAAAUGGAGAGCUAUGUAACAGAUACACUACAGUGGAAGAACUUAUUCUGAAAUGAAGGGAAAAAAACCACCCCAUCAUUCCCUGCUCCUUCCCACCACUUACCCGUUCCCUCUUUACCUAAUCUGGAGUAGAUUAGCCAUCUUUCAAAUUCACUUUUAUUUCAAUCCUUGUAUUUCAUAUACUUCCGUCUUGAUGCUGUUAACAACUUCUGAUAACAUGGAAACUUCAAGGAUUGUUUAAAGGUCUGAUGAUCACACACAAAAUGUAAUUCUGGUUAUUUAAGUCAUUUGUGAUUCUAUCAUGUACAGUUUCCAGAAUCGUCACUGUGCAUUAAAAAGUAAUGAAUCUAACAGACAUUUGAUUUAAUGUACACUCCCUUUUGCUUAUGGUGUGCAUUUUUUGGGGAGGUCAUUCAAAUUUUCCCUCUUAUGCGGUAGCUGUAGUUUCUUUCAUAGAAAGUAGCUAAUACAGUGUAAUCUUUUACCUUUUUAAAAACCAGGAUAGAGUAUCUAUUAGAGUUUUACACUGUUGAUGGUAGAUUAACAAUAAAGUGAUGUUCUGGUGGAGGUAGACUGAAAUUUUUUUUUAAUUCAUUUUUUUUCAUUUGAUACUUUUAAUUUAUCAAGUGUAAAUUAAAAGUUCUUUAGUUUACUUAGCAUUUUAGUACAUGUACGUGAAACAUCAGCAAAAAUGAGAUCCACCAACAUCUUUUAAGUUCAGUUAUUAGUCUGUGAAGUGCUUUACGUUUUGCACAAUUUUAAUAGCUUGUUAAUCAGUAAUACAUUAUAGUGAAUUCAUGAUCAAGGUUUCCUUAAAUUUAGCAUUGCAUUUCAUUACUGUGUAAGCUAAAUUGUUGAUCCAAUAUAAAAAUCCAGACUAGAAUAGGGUUCGUAAAAUCACGUA